CUCUCUCUCUCUCUUCUGAAGUGGAGCUGCGGAGGAGGAGGAGGAGGAACCUCCGGACUGCAGCUCUGGAGUAGAAUCACUGCUCUCCAGCUCUCAGUCUCUAUCUGAGGUUGUGGAUGUUCCUCUGAGGAGAAUCGAGAAUCUGUGUUCACUGGACUCCAGCAGUCGCUUCACCACAAUGGAGUACCAGAACCGAACCGCCGCCAAAAGACUCCACCAAUGAGAGCCAGGGAGUUUGAGGCUCUUCUUUUGUGGUAACUGCAGACGUCGCCCUCUCCACUGACCGGGUCCUUUCCAGACCAUGGAUGACACAGACCCCCGGGACCGGACGUCCCUGAUGAAGGGGGCAAAGGACAUCGCCAAGGAGGCCAAACGGCAAGCCACUAAAAAGGUGAACAAGGCCGUGGACCGGGCCUCAGACGAGUACUCUCACAGUCGUGCCUACCAACGCUUCCAAGACGAAGACGACGGUGACUACUACAGCCAAACCCAGGGGAACUACGAGGGUGGUCACGCCAACGAUGAGGAAGGAUCCAGUGAUGCCACUGAGGGCCACGAUGAUGAAGACGAAAUCUACGAGGGCGAGUACCAGGGCAUCCCAUCAGAUGCUAAGCCUGGGGUCGGGCAGGUGGCUCUGGGGCGGCCUGUGGCGGACGGCCUGAAGGACCGGAAGGAGUUGGAGAGCGAAAGGCAGGCAGAUGAAGAGGAACUGGCGCAGCAGUACGAGCUGAUCAUCCAGGAAUGUGGGCAUGGGAGGUUUCAGUGGCAGCUCUUCCUCACACUGGGACUGGCGCUCAUGUCGGACGGGGUGGAGGUUUUCGUGGUGGGCUUUGUCCUGCCCAGUGCUGAGACAGACAUGUGUGUGCCUGAUUCAAGCUCUGGCUGGCUUGGUAGCGUUGUAUACGUGGGGAUGAUGGUGGGGGCCUUCUUCUGGGGGGGCAUGGCGGACAAGGUGGGCCGACGGCAGUGUCUUCUCAUAUGCAUGUCCAUUAAUGGCUUCUUUGCCUUCCUGUCCUCCUUCGUGCAGAGCUACGGCUUCUUCCUCUUCUGUCGCACGAUAGCGGGCUUUGGGAUUGGUGGUGCCGUGCCCAUUGUUUUCUCCUACUUUGCGGAGGUGUUGGCGAGGGAAAAGCGUGGUGAACAUCUCAGCUGGCUCUGCAUGUUUUGGAUGAUUGGGGAGAUUUACGCCUCAGCCAUGGCCUGGGCUAUCAUACCUCACUACGGCUGGAGUUUCAGUAUGGGCUCAGCGUACCAGUUCCACAGCUGGAGGGUGUUUGUGGUGGUGUGUGCUCUGCCGUGCGUCUGCUCUGUGGUGGCCCUCACCUUCAUGCCUGAAAGCCCCAGGUUCUACUUGGAGGUGGGGAAGCACGACGAGGCCUGGAUGAUCCUCAAGCAGAUCCACGACACCAACAUGCGAGCGCGGGGACAACCCGAGAAAGUCUUCACUGUGAACAGAAUUAAGAUCCCGAAGCAGAUUGAUGAGUUUGUGGAGAUGCAGGCCGAGUCUAGUAACGUUGUGUCGAAGGCUGUUUUCCGGAUGAAGACUGAACUGCAUGGAAUCUGGUUGAACUUUAUGAAGUGUUUUAUUUAUCCAGUGAAAGAUAACACAGUGAAGCUGGCCAUUGUAUGGUUCACACUGUCAUUCGGAUACUACGGCUUGUCUGUGUGGUUCCCUGAUGUCAUCAAGCACCUCCAGGCUGAUGAAUACGCCUCCAAAGUGCAGAGACACAAAAACGAGUUAACUGAGGACUUCACGUUCAACUUCACAUUAGAGAACCAGAUACACACCAACGGAGUGUUCAUCAAUGACAGGUUCAUAAAUAUGAAAUUCAAGUCAGUCACGUUCAUCAACACCACUUUUCAGAACUGCUACUUUGAAGAUGUGACCUCAGUGGGCUCCUUCUUUCGAAACUGCACUUUUGUUGAUGCCUUCUUCUACAACACAGAUAUUGACGACUCCAAACUGAUCAACACGAAAGUCGUAAACAGCUCAUUUCAUCACAACAAGACGGGUUGCCAGAUGACUUUCGAUGACGACUACAGCGCCUACUGGGUUUACUUCGUCAACUUCUUGGGGACGCUGGCGGUGCUACCAGGGAACAUUGUGUCUGCGCUCCUCAUGGAUAAAAUCGGGCGCUUAUCUAUGCUGGGGUUCUCCAUGGUUCUCUCUGGAAUCAGUUGCUUCUUCCUCUGGUUCGGCACCAGCGAGGCCAUGAUGAUUGGCAUGCUUUGUCUGUACAAUGGCCUGAGCAUCUCUGCCUGGAACUCACUGGAUGUGGUCACUACAGAACUGUAUCCUACAGACAGGAGAGGGACCGGCUUUGGCUUCUGCAAUGCCUUAUGUAAGUUUGCAGCAGUGAUGGGGAACCUGAUUUUCGGUUCUCUGGUCAGCAUCACGAAGGCCAUCCCCAUCCUGCUGGCCUCUUCUGUGCUGGUGGGCGGAGGUCUGGUGGGACUGCGGCUACCGGACACGCGCUCCAACGUCCUGAUGUAGCUACCCCCUGCUGGCCCCCGCAGCCCUGGAGCCGCUUUAUGGCUUCAGUCAGCCUGUGUAUCUCUAGUGUGUCAUUUUACACAUUGUUGGAGUCAUCCUUUUUUCUUUUAUAGAGCUACAUGUGAUGGAAACCCUAAUGAGCAAUAUGAUUAACCUCAUGAGCAGCAUUAUAGGAAUAGCUGUAGGACAUGAAUCAAAAGAUAAAGCCAUAACGAUAGAGCCGAAGAGUGUUUAAGAGUCAGUGUCAGUUAGGAGGCACUUAAGCUUCAUUUGUGUGUGGAUGUGUAGGCAGAUAAAGGUGAGGAGCUUUAAUGUUCCUGAUCGAAGGACAGAAAUCCCAGGAGGGCUGUUCUGCUUCUUGUGAAAGUGUUUCCUGACACCCUGCAGCUGUGUAACGUACUUGCACUCUUCUAUCCCUCUCCCAAGACCUGUAGUGUUGAAAAGAACCUGGCUGCAAGGCGGUGAGCGCUGGCAUUGAUACGGCUGUAAAUAUUAAUGUCCUCCUUAUUAAGAAGCUUGGAAAACAAACUCUUAAUGAGCAGACCGAACCUGCUGGAGGCCCAUAGUGGAAUAGGAUGAUCAGAAAGACUGGGAGAGUGGCACAGCUGUAGCCCAGCUGUCCUACAGCUUAACGCAUCCCUGACAGACACGGUCACAGCUCUCUUUACUAACAAGUUAUUUUUUUUGUUCAUGAAUUAGUCAUAUGAUAAAUAAUUUGUUGAAUCACUCUAGUAUUGCAUAACCAUAAAUUGGCCUAAAGCUUUUAGUAUUAAAGGAAUAAUCCAGUGUUUUUUAUUUCAAAUAUUGUAUAUUUCCCAAGCUUUUCAAAAAGGAAUGCUUGGGAAGUUUCUUUAAUGCCGUGUAAAUGCAGCAAAAUUCUUCAUCAGUUCUCCUUUUAAAGGAUUCAGCAAAAUACCAGCAAAUCCUAAAUGCAAUUAUGUUGAAAUAAUGACUUUAUGAAUAGAUAUGUGUAGUUGAAAUGGUUUAAUUCUUUUAUAUUCUGAAGAAAUGAAGCCAAAAUUGUCAGAUUUUGAAAUCAAAAUUCUGCACAGUAGAAAGCAGAGGCAGAGCCACACUCAUUAAGGCCAAUUUAUAAUUCUGCACCUACGCCGUAGACUAUGGGUAUCCAGCGAGAGUGCGCUAUGCAGCGGUGCGUGUUUAUACUUACAUGUGCGCGUAUCAGCGGCUCUGUGUCGCUCUGAAGUUUAAACCAAGAAGGCGGGAACGUGUGUGUGGAAACAUGAGGCCCGGUGGACCAAUCACAGCUGCGGCUGUCCGUGCUGUGCGACACGUGGUUCCAUUUCCUGAGAGGUGUGCAUCAAGCUACGGUGUAGAGUGCGCAGCGAGGCAUAGGUUACAGCAUAGGUUCGAUGCAGAAAUAUAAAUUGGCCUUUUUUUGGCACUUGUUUGGCAGGCCUUCGCCCUUUUCCCUGAGCAAGUGUGUCUCAGACUGCCUUCAUUGAGUUUACAGCAGAGGCUAAAGGCCAGAUCAGAAUUAAUGCUACUUUUACUCGUAUAACAGAGGCGAGCUGAAGUAGGUUUUUGGUGAAUUGCAGCACUGUCACCCAGACCAGGAAUUGAACCCUUGUCUCCCACAUGGUCUGAACGCUAACUGGGGUGAUUUGGGGUGAUCUCGCUGUUCAAACAAAGUUACAAGCCACAUGUUGCAACCGCUCACAACCACAGCUGCAGCGGUUGCAAAGUUUGAUUUGGGCCACUUUACCUGCUGUGUGAACAUAACUUAAGUAGCUUAAAUUACAUAGUAGAUAAAAUAGCAAAUCAACAUUUUCCAACAGCUCUCCUCUUAAGAAAAUGAUGGACCUGAUUAAUCAAACAUAUGCUAAGCAUCCAGCUUACAGGCUUUAAUAAACGUAACUAAUGCAGUAGCUCCUUCCCACACCUACAAUAUCUAGCUUUUCUUGUCCUACACUGUUAAAAAAAGGUGUUACAUAUGGUUCCUUGAGCAGUGCCAUAGAAGAACUACAGUACUUUUGUUUUCAGAAAGAACACAAAGAACUUCUUCACACUCACACAUCUCUACAGUUCUAAAUAAUCAUAUGAAGCACCUUUUUUCACCUUUAUUAAAUAUUUCAAAGGGAAUGAUCUCAGAUAUUUCCAUACCAGUGUUCCACUCAGUGCAAAAAUGACACUAUUGCAGUCUUUGUAUAUGUACAUAUCAAAAAACGCCAAACACAGCCAUCAGAAAGAUUGUUUUAUUUUAGCUCACUUUGGAUGCUGGACCUUCAGCAUAGGUACAUUAUAUUGUUUACCUGAAGGAACUGUGGCUGUUUAUUAAUAUUGCUUAACAUUGUGUACUUUGUGUACAUCAUGUGUGUAAUGUCGAGUUCUAAAACGAGCCAUUCUCCGUUCACCUCACCUCACUUUUCCAGACGUACCUAUAUGUGCUUUAUGCUUUGUCUGGAAAUACUGAUGGCCUUUUGAAACCGUGCCUCUCCUCUGUAAGACCGCUCUCGCCUAUGGGCAGGAGAUGCAGCCCUCGUAAACCUGCAGUUGGGUAGCUGUCGUUAUCGAUGUUAUCACCCACUAUGUUCUCACAGUAGUUUAGAAAGUUUAGGGACACAGCGCCGUCAGACACUGUGUUCAGAAGAUGAAGAUGCCCUUGUUUUAACAGGCUGUGGCUGUCGGCCCAUGUUGGCGUUGUCGGCAGGAGCCGAGAAUAGAGGCAGGUUUUGAGGACUGUAAGGUUUAGAAAAGACCGCCUCAAGCAGAUGGGCCCUCCAGUUGUUGCUGGAGAAAACAUGUGGUGGCUCUAAUAAGCGCGAGUUCAUGGAGUUUACCAGCAGUUUGUUCAGUUCAGUUCUUUCUUACUGUUACCUCCACAGUUUGCUCAGUGCUGCGGUAGGGUAAAGCAUGUAAGCAAGUACUGUACUGCAGAACUUUAAGGAAAAAAGGAGGUGAAAAAAUUAUUAGGUGAUGAAUUGUUUGAUAGAUGAUUAUUUUUAAAAUUGUGUUAAACCUAGGCCUGUCAGAGUAGCCUGUAACAAAUUUUUUAGACAAUAUAUCAUCCCAGAAAUAAUCGCGAUAAAAUAUAUUAUUGAUAUUUUAGGACCACUUAUGGAUUGAUAAUAUGGUAGCAUAAAAAGCAUUUACAGAAAAAUAAACUUUAGAUCAUUUUUAAUAUUCAGACAUUGAAAUUGAAAUGUAAAAAUUAUUUAAUAUGACAAAUAAUUGAAACAUAAAAUAAUAUCAAUGUUUUAACAUUUUAAAAGUCGACAUACCAGUUAAUUAUUAAUUACCAGUUAAUUAUACCAGUUAAAAUAAAGUGGUUUGAUAAAAUAAAACCACUGUUUUUAAAUUUUAAAAGUCAACAUACCAGUUAAUUAUUAAUUAUGGUAUACUUACCAGUUAAUUAUGCUAGUUAAAAUAAAUUGGUUUUAUAGAAUAAAACCAUAGUUUUUAAAUAGUAAAAGUUGACAUACCAGUUAAUUAAUAAUUAUGGUUUAUUUAAUGUACCAGUUAAGAUUGAGGUCAGCAAAAAUAAUGAUUAAAGUUUUGUCUAUAUAGUGCAUGAUAAAUCUAUAACAUUAUAAAUGAUUAUUGUGACAGGCCUAGUUAAACCCCAUAAUAUGGUCUGUUUUUCUUCUUUUGUCUUAAUAUUUAUAAGCAUUUCUUUCUCGUCUGUCCUAAUAUAUCUGUUUUCUUUAUUUUGCUAGUUUGUUAAAACCGUAUAAAGCAUUUUAUUUAAUUUGAUGUGUUAUUAUUGUUUUACUUUGUUUUAAUUUCUAUAGGAUAUUUCAUAAGGUUCAUAAGAUUUCUUAGGUAGCCAUAUAAAUAGCUUAAGCCCAGCGGUGAGGACUGUCCAAUAGGAAUGCCCCUGCCCUUUUCUCUUAUUGGACAAGACAGACACUGGUUUAGGUUGUCUGGCCUAUCUAAGAAACCCUGCUUUGUGAAAUACAAUACAGAUUAUGGUCAAGUUUCCCAAAAGCAUCUCAGCAUUAAGAACAUCUUCACCCAGAGUAAGAGAGAGAGAGAGCUGUGUGUGAAGCUCCAUCGACCAUCUAAAGAUCAUCUUAGUGCUAAGAACCUUUUGGGAGGCCAUGCUGUGAGCUGUUUUCCAGACAUUGUAAUAUUUAUUACUGAUUGUGAACAAUGAGCAAUGAGUUUUUAUUUUCUUUAUUUUGCUAGUUUGUUCACAUAUGGCUUUGCAAGGCAAUGAUUCAUAAUUUCUUGUCUUGUCUGGUCUUGUCUUUUAUCUUUCUGUUUGUUAUUGGAACUACAGUUUUUGAGUCUCCACUGCCCGAUUCAGUGACUAGGUGUUGGUGUGUGUGUGUGGCAUUUUGUUGUUACUGUUGAUAUUGAAUUACAGCAGUGUUUUGAGAUUUCAAAAAAGAUGAUAUUCUAUUUUGACGAAUGCUCCUUUGAGACAAUUCUAUAUAUAAUUUUAUUGUUUAAAAAAGUGAUCCUGUAGCUAUUUUUGGAUUAGGCCUCCAAUAAACCAAAGUGACUUACUGCUGUUUCAGUUUCAGCAGAGCUAUGCAGCCUAGAGGUUUAUCAUUAAAAACAGAAAUCCGUGUAGAAAUGAUACUAUAGUAAAUAACCUUUCUUUUCCUUGUUGUAAGAAAUGAGCUGAAUUUAAAGAAAAUGCGUUAUAUUUUCAGUUGCAGACACAUUGUAAUGUUAUUGUAGGCUACUGUUUGUGUCCGUGUGUGCGCGCGCUUCUGUGUGUAAAAUAUGUACAUACAGUUUUAUGCAGAGUGAGUUUGCGUGAAAUUUGGACAAAUAACACAUCAUCUUGUGUAUUUUAUUGAGUUUAAAACAUUAAAUUCUGUGUUUGAACACCCAAAGUGAUUAUUUUUAGCAGCCUUGAGUCAUGUCUCUAUUCGUUAUUAGGAACUGUCAGCUAAAUCAGAUUUUUAAGCUUCUUAAACUAUCCAAACCUAAAAAAUAAUAAUUGCUAACAAGACAAGAGAAUGCUAUUAGAAGAUAUCCAAACAACAUUUUUAGGUUGUGGUUUCCACAGUAGUAAAAUAUCUGUUUAGGGGAACUGUGGAGGUCAAGUUUUCUUGAUCUGGACGACCAAGAAAACUCACAGAAAGAACUAUUUAUAUGCUGGUAAGAUAUAUGCAAGGCAAAUCACCCCCCCCCCCCCACCCCCACAGUUAAGAGUUAAGAGACUGGUGUGUUGUUUCACUGUGCAGUGUUGCUUGAACAAACUGUAUUUUCAUGAAGGAAUCAUCAGUAAAAAACGUAACUAUGGUCUCAUCACAGUUUUUGUACUAGUUUGUCGAAAAUACAUGUUUUAAGUAUUCUAAACAACACCUAGACUGGCCAGAUGAGCUUCAGGAACAAGUGCUAUGGACUGAUGAUUUAUGUCAAAAUAAAACUUGUUUGCCACAAAAGGAACUGUGUUUAAUGAAAAAGAGCACCUUGCUAACUGUAAAGCAUGGGGGUGGAUGCAUCAGGCUUUGGGGAUGUGUUGCGAAAAAAAUGAAAUUUAGGAGCUGAAAGGUUCUGAAAGGUGUACAAACUUUUGAAAUGUGUCAUUUGUCCAAGAAUACCUCAGUAAUACUGCAUAAUACUGUAUAUACUCUGUGUAUAUAUACUACAUGUGUGUAUGUGAGUGUAUGGAGUGUAAAAUAUUGUGUAUAUAUAUAUAAGAUGAUACAGUAUAUAUGAUGCAGGUGGUUGUGUUGAGGCUGAGUAUUUGUUGUGAACGUGUUUUGAUGGACACAGGCGGGAAAGGAUGUAACUAACACCUUCACAGAACUGUGCAAUUCUUUCAUCUGCAAGUGUUUCAGCAACGUCAGCCAGCAUUCUUCAGACAUCGCAAGCAAUCCUGCAUGUGUGUACGAAACACUUCUGUGCUCAGUCCGGAGUCCUGCACUCCCUCCCCGGCCGAGGGACAAUCACAGGAUGAUCAUGUGGAGUAAAGAAGAGAAUGUAACGCUGUUCGAUGUAUUACGGAGGUUGUGUGUAUGGUUUGGUUCGUGAGCAAAACAAAACAAUACAGAAAACAAAGCUUCAUUUCUGUGAGAGUAAUAAAGAUAUGUGUUGAAAUGA